GCCUGUCUUGGUAAAAGCUUUGUGUGUCUGCUCGGAGUCAGAGUGGAGUUUAGCACCAGCUCAUGGUGGAACUAUGGCUAAUAAUGAAACGCAUCCCCUUUUGGAGAUACUAAAAUCAUUUAAUACUGGCGAUAUGAUUUUAGCCUUCUGUUUAUCUAUGCUGGUGGGCCUGCUGCUGGGUGCUCUGGUUUACGUUCUGUUAACCUGGGCAUCCAGACGCCAGGCAACCGCCAGGAUCACCAGGCGCUGCAAGAAGAAAUCCAGAACUUCAAACGCACCCAUGAGCAAUCAGAUGGGCCUUUACAGAAGCACUUUUCUGAGCGUCUACAGACAGCCCUCUCUGGAGCCAGUGGGCCCUCUGGGGAGUAAGCCCGGCUUAGAGACCUCCACCUUUCGUCCACUGCCUAAGAGAAGCAGGGCUGGCCUGGACAUGGGAGAGGACACUCUGGUCGCCACGACUGAGGACACAGCAGCUUCGAACUCGUCAGAUUCAGCAUCCCUCGUGCCAAAACAAGAGACAAACAAGAGACACUCCUUCUGGUUGGGCAACAAUGGACUUAAAGGGUUCCUGCCCUCACAGACUCCCCCUCCUGCAUACGACAGUGUCAUCCAUGCCUUUGAAGAGACUUGCACUUGAAUCUGUCUGCGUAAAUACAACAAGAACUGAAAAAGGAGAACAUGCUGGGAUGACACAGGCUGUGCUCUGCUUUUUAUCAAACCAUUUCUGAGACUUUACAGUCUACAGCAGUGUGUCCUUAACCGAACAAGAUACUUCCACAACCAUCAAGUCUCAGCUCAGUAUUAUAUUAUGAGAUAGAGAUCAGGGUGAAACUAACGAUAACUGUCAUGAUCGAUUACAGAGGGAGACCAGGGUUGGUUUGCGCACUUUUCUCUCUCUGACGUAUUCCUCUGGAAUAAUUUAUUUUAGUAUAUUCUGGCCUGCAGCAAAAGAAAGUUUAAAGGUCCGGUGUGUGGGAUUUAGGUGUACAUACUGGCAGAAAUGGAAUUUAAUAUAAUAAAUAAUAAUAUAUUUCUUUAGUGUAUAAUCACUUGAAAAUAAGAAUCGUGUUUGGUUACCUGAGAAUGAGCUGCUUAUAUAUAUAUAUAGGGAGCGGGUCCUUGUCUAUGGAGAUCGCCAUGUUGCACCGCCAUGUUUCUACAGUAUCCCAAAAUGGACAAAUCAAACAAUGGGUCUAGAUAGAGCCAUUUAUAUUUUUGUAUAUUCACGUUUUUGCUUUGGCAACAGUAGUUCGCAGCCCCUCGGGUAUAAGCGGUGUCAGAAAAACAAACUAUUUUAACAUUAAUUUCAUGCAGUAUUUCUACCAGUUCAAAUCAGGUGGUCUGUUUUGGAGAGGAAGAGACCUCUGUGGAUAAUUCCGCUCCUGGUAAAAACCCCCUGAACAUCUGGAUCUUAAGUAAUCAGAGGAAAAAGGUGAGCACACUCUUUUAGGUGCUGGGCCAGCAGCAAAAUGUGCCAAACAGCAUACAGGAAAGGCUGAUUUGUAAUGUUGAACUGCUAUUCAGUGUUUUUACUAGUUUUAAUUAUCAGGUCUGUUUGUUUUGGAGAGGAAGAGACCUCUGGAGAUAAUCUGCGGCUCCCUGUAAAAACAUCCUGCACAAUUAACACUGGAGGAACUCUAACCAGUAGAAGUUUUAGCUGGUUACAUACUGCAAUUGUCACCACUAGAUGCUACUAAAUCCCCUUUAAUUUUACACGCUCUUCCUUUAAUGUACACAAAUGUUUUCUGUUUUCUUUUAAUCUUUCAGAAUAGUUUUAAUUUCUCAAAAUACAAUUACAGUUACAACUGUUACCUUUACAGAAAUCAGUGUGCCAACCAACCCUGUUCACACUGGACCAAACAUGAUGUUUUUCGUGAGAUUAUGUUAACCAGCUUCAGUCACUCAUUAAGCUGAUUUCUAUGUCUAUAAACAAAAGUAAAAAUUUUCCAAUAUCUCGGUCUGACACCGUAAUAAACAGCUAUGUUUAGUCUACAGAUCAUUUUUUUCACCCUCAGAAGGCGACUAUAAAAACUAAAAAAAGAUGUCAUCCUCACCAAAAAAUGUCAGUGACUUCCAAAUGCUUUCAUCUCAAAUGAGUGCAUGUGAAGAAAGCAAACGGGUUUGUGUUAUAUUUUUGUUUCUGUGACCCUCAUAUAACAACAAAAUAGCUGUGUGCCAACCAACCCUGGUCUCCCCCAAAGUGCAUGUUAGUUUCUUAAUAAAGUGAUUAGUUAUUUUCUCUGUGAUAUGUCACAGAAUAAGAAAAAAACGUCCAAGGUGAUGUCUUUAAAUGUCUUGUUUCGUCCAAAUUUGAAAAAUAUUUAAUAUACAGUAGAAACAAGUGACAAAUCCUAACACUGGAGCAAAUGUAACAAGCAAACAUUUAAUGAUUAAUCAAUGAAAUGACUUAUCAUAGCAGGUUUAAUAUAUUGUUUGUAACCACUACAGAACAUCUCUUGAUCCAUGAUGUACUGAAGACAAUAGGAGAGUAGAUUUUGCAGUGUUGGUGUGAAGACAAGGAAACACUGUGUGCUGGAUAAUUAUAUUAUCUAAUAUCACAAUAAAGA